AUGUUGUUGCCUGAUGCUUCCAGCUUUGUCCCUUCUACGGCGGCUAUAUUUGUGCGAUUAAUGAUCGCCUUCCCUACCAUUUUAUUGGUGGGGGAUGCAACUGCCGCGUUUUAUCAUAUGUUGUUGUGUGCUGGCAGUGAUGUCUUUGUGAGUGAUAGACUCACGUUUGGAGUGAAUGUGGGUCCAGCCAAAGGGAGGACUUGCAUCCUCCCUUUGUGCUAG